AAGGUACAAAUGCUCGUAGCUGGGGCAGUACCGCCAAGGGGAACAAACUUGUACCAUAUUAAUGGGUACAAAGAAGUACCCCUACAGUUUGUGCCUUUUAGGUACAAAUAUGUAAUGUAAUUAUCUAUGAAGAUUCGGGAGGAGCGCGUCAGAUACUUAGCCUAAUCAUCACAGGUGGACCACAAUCAAGUAAUCAAUCCCACAGUAUAAAUAUCGCUGACUUACCUCUAUCCAUUGACGGUUUAUCAGCAUUUUGGUCCGCAUGCACCAUGUCCCAAAACCGAGAUUCCUCGUCAGAAGACUCAUCCAGCUCUUCCCUAGCCCCAUCACUGCAGCCAGCCGGCUCCAAGGCCACCCCUUCCCGGUGUGGCAACCAAAUCGAGCCCCAGGCUCCAACCCGCGGGCGCGGUACGGCGCGAGCAGCUACUCGCCUCCCAAGACGCCUAGGCCUACCUUCGCCGCCUCCGGCGAGAACCGCGGCUGACUCCCCCGCGUCCUCCUACCGCUCGGCCAGGCAUACGAUUCCGCCAAUCGACAAAUGGACGGUGUCGAGUCUGAGGCAGGCCCUGUCCAAAAACGACAUCACACCAUCAAGCAAGUUAAACAAAUCCGAACUGUAUGACUUGUAUACAAAAAAUCUAAAUAAUAACAUUUCUCCCCAGUCUACCCCUGUACCAAAGAAACGACAAAAGAAAGGAGUACCUCAAAAUUCGCCUCAAAGCACUCCACCAUCCUCCGCCGCUAGGCCUAGCUCGCAGCGGCUAUCAAGCCGUAGCAAGAGGCCUUCAGCAAGCCUAGGCCGCGCCCCGGUUCCAACCGCAAGGGCGCUCGCUAUGUUGCCCGGAGCUCAGCCUCCUUCCGCGGCUCCAAUUCCAACAGCUCAGGGCGCCGAAGCCCAAGGAGGCUCCUGGCCGCCUCCUCCACCCAUCGCAGCCCCUCCAUACGGAACUUUCAAUACCAACACCGCAGCCCAGGCAAGCGCUUGGCCGAACAGUUCGCCACAUACAGCGCCGCCUCCCGCUUCCUCCAGCUUCUCGCCCGCGGUCCAAACUAGCGCUUGGUCGAACUGGCUGUCACACAAUGCCCCGCCUCCCGCUCUGCCGAGCUCCGAGCCCGCCGCUCAUGCUAACGUUUGGCCGAACUGGCCGCCUUACACAGCCCCGACUCUAGCCCAUCCCAGCUUCGGGCCCGCGGCCCAAGCAACUGCCUGGCCAUACUGGCCGCCCAACCCAGCCCCGCAACCCGCGGCCUCAAACUCCGGGCCCGCGGCUCAAGCAAGCGCUUGGCCGCAAUCGCUGCCAAACACAGCUCCGCCCCCAGUUGUCGCCACCACCCUCCUCCAAGCGAAAUCCCCCCAUUCACUCUUCACUGCUACACCAAUGCCCAUCCCAUCAAACGCUGUCGCCCUCGAACCUCCCCAAGUGACCCACAGCAUUCGGGCACAGAUAUUAGCAGGUGCGGAUGUAGAUCUCUCGUCUCUCCUUUCUCUCCUGCCCACAUCCGAUUCAAACCGCCAAAUAGACUGCGGGGACUUCUCAGUCACGCUAAAAAAUCCAAAUCCCCUUUCAUCUCGACUACUCUCCUUCUCCGAAUUCACCAUCGCAUUCAACCGCUACACCGAGAUAAUCUGCUCAGCCUUCCCCCACAGGCGACGCGAACUAAACGAUUAUUUGUCUAUAAUAGCCGAACUCGCGUUGUCCUACGGAGGGGGGCACUUCUACACUUACCACAAGCUUUUUUCCGCUAAAUGUGCCAUCCGAAUAGCUCAGUGGAACCAGUGCCCUUACUGGGGAGCGAUCGACUCCGACUUGCACAGUCGCGUAUUCCUAGGCUGUAGGAGCAUUUCGUGCGCAAUCUGCAGGUCCGUGGCUCACUCCACCACAACCUGCCCACAAAUAAACCCGGACGCAACCCAACACUCUCUUACUCCCCCGGCAAAAUCCACCAGCUAUGUCCCAAAAUCAGUUACCGCAGCAAACUCACGCCUAGCCCAACCAGGAGAAGAAAGCACACAGCUAUGUAUCGCCUUCAACAACGGGAAAUGCAUCAGACAGCAUUGCCGCUAUCUACACUCCUGCAAGUUCUGUGGCGGUGCUCAUGCACGCAUAGUUUGCCCCGUGCAUAAAGCCGUAAAUAAAAAAUCUAAAAAUUACCUAUCUACUCCUGUGAAUAUUUUUCGCAUGACCAUUGAACUAGCACACCAUCCCGACAAAGAAUUUACUAAUUAUCUCCUGUCUGGCCUCAAACACGGUUUUAACCCGGGCGUCGUUUGCGAGCUUACCCAAAACACCGUCUGCCGUAAUCUCCAAUCCGCCCUCGCAGAGCCCGAUAUAGUAGCUAACCUCAUCAAAAAAGAAGUCGAGUCAGGCUUCAUGAUCGGGCCCUUCAAUACCCCCCCCUUCAAAACGUUCAGAGUCAGCCCAAUCGGAGUGGCUACGAGAAAAUUUUCUGGUAAGAAACGCCUAAUAGUAGACCUGUCAUCUCCGCAUAAUUCCACAGUCCCGAGCAUUAAUAGUUUGAUACCCCUCGACGAAUUUUCACUCAAAUACCAAGACAUAGAUCAGGCAGUCGAACUGAUUAAAAUCGCGGGCCGAGGAGCCUGGUUAGCAAAAAUAGACAUCACUUCUGCUUUCAAAGUGAUGCCCAUCCAUCCGGAUUUUUGGCACCUGUUCGGGAUACGAUGGCUCGAGAAAUACUAUUUCGCCGUCCGGUUAACCUUCGGAUGCAAAAGCAGCCCCAAAAUUUUCGAUAUGCUAUCAGAAGCCGUUUGCUGGAUCCUUUCCAACAAUUACGCAAUCCCACAUAUUAUCCAUCUCUUAGAUGACUUCCUGGUCAUUUCAUCGCCCAAGGCUAUCCCAGCCGCCCAUAUCCUCACCGUCCAAAAAGUCUUUUCCGAGCUCGGGAUUCCCAUCGCUCAGGAAAAAACCAUGGGUCCUGCCACAACCAUAGAGUUCCUCGGCAUCUACCUCGACUCAGCUAAAUUUCAGCUCUCCCUGCCAAAGGAAAAGAUUGAUAGAAUAAUUCUCGUCUCAUCCACCCUCCUCGACAGCCCUUGUUGUUCUAAACGCGAACUUCUUUCCCUGCUCGGGCAUUUAAAUUUCGCCAUGCGCAUAAUUCCACAAGGACGCCCAUUCAUCGCGCACCUUCUAACACUCGCAUCAUCAGUUCACGCGCUCGAGGACCUCAUCCCCCUAACCCAUGCAUGCCGCGACGAACUUAAAUUAUGGAUCCUGUUCCUUAGACAAUGGAACGGGCUUUCUUUUUUUUACAACAAUUUAAUCUCGUCUCCCAUCGACUUGCAGCUGUUUACAGACGCGGCUCCCUCAAUUGGUUUCGGAGGUUUCUACCAAGGCCGUUGGUUCGCGUCCACAUGGCCCCCCCAGAUGCAGGACUCGACCCAGUCCUCAGCUCUUUUCGAGCUCUAUCCCCUCGUAGUAGCAGCCUUCCUGUGGGGCAAUGAAUGGACAACUAAAAGCAUUUUAGUGCACUGCGACAACGAAGCCGUAGUUCAGUGCAUAAACAAAGGCCGUUCUCACUCCCCCGCCCUCAUGCCUCUCCUUAGACGCCUUAUAUGGAUCGCAGCAUGCGACCAAUUCAUAAUUAGCGCAAAGCACGUCCCAGGUACAGAAAACCAAAUCGCUGACUCCCUGUCUCGUUUUCUGUUUCAGAAAUUCAGGACGCUGGCUCCAGAGGCGGACCAAUUCCCCACUCCGGUUCCUCACUAUUCAGAAUUAAUAUUUCCAUAACUCACCCUCUAAAACCACUCCUCGAAGCAUCACUGGACUCUAUUCUCCAAGCAGUCUCUCCCAGAACCCUCCAGUCAUACGUGACUGCAUGGAGGUGCUUUAAGUCAUUUCACCUCACCUAUAACAUCCCUUUCCCAGAUUUUUCUCUACUCUCCAUCACCUCUUUCAUUUCGUUCCUCAACGGCACCAAGGGUCUCCAAGUCGGAUCUAUAAAAAACUACCUGAGCGGAGUCCAGUUUUUUCACAAACUAAUGACCGGCGCUCCUUCACCCGAAAUAAAUAAUUCACAAACCUCCCUCCUAAUCAAAGGGAUCCAGCGAUCCCAGCCCACCCAUCCAGACACCAGAAAACCCAUAACGCUAGAUAUCCUCACAAAAUGUAUCCACACCCUCCGCACAAAUUACCAACCCCUCAGCAUUGCCCGCACGCUCGACGCCAUGUUCAUCCUUGCCUUUUUCGGUUUUCUCAGGUGCUCGGAGCUUACGAUCUCUUUCAAAUUUAAUCCUAAAAUCAACCCCACCGUGUCAGACCUAACCAUACUAGAUGAUGAAACAAUCGCUUAUUUAAUCAAACAAAGCAAAACAGACCAAACCAACAAAGGCCAUUUCAUAUACAUUUUCAAUCUCCCCUCCCCAAUCCAGCCUUACCAAUCCGUCCUCGCCUUUUUACACCUUAGAAAUUCCCAGGCAAAAUCCCCACACGAACCCCUAUUCACCGACGAGUCCAAAAAACCAGUCACUCGUUUCUGGUUCCAAAAACACCUCAAAUGCGUCCUGCAAUUAUCAGGCAUCCCAGCGAACAAUUUCUCCACCCAUUCAUUUCGCAUCGGGGCAGCAACUUCAGCUGCACAAAAAGGCCUCUCCAACCAACAGAUCCAAACUCUAGGAAGAUGGUCCUCAGAAGCAUACCAAAGCUACAUCAGAAUAAACCAGUUUCACAUAAAGAAAGCCCACCAAACCCUCAUCGGCCAUAAAUAAAUAAAUAAAUAAAAAAAAAAAAAAAAAAA